GGCCGGCUGCGGGCAGCCGGUAUAAAGCGGCGGGGCGGCCCCUGCUCCUCAUCCCGGCCAUGCGGCGGCUUUUCCUGCUCUUCCUGCUCCUCGGCGCGCCCGCCGCCCUGCCCGCUCCCCACCGCCACCGCCGGGGCGCUGCGCGGCCGAGCGGCACCUACCUUACGCGGUACCUAACGCAGCAGGUUGAUCACUUCGGAUUUGAUGAAAAUCUUACGUUCCAGCAGCGGUAUCUAAUAGCAGAUCAGCACUGGAAGGGAGACAAUGGACCAAUACUAUUUUAUACAGGCAAUGAAGGAGACAUCACCUGGUUCUGCAACAAUACAGGUUUUAUGUGGGAUGUGGCUGAAGAACUUAAUGCCAUGUUGGUGUUUGCUGAACAUAGAUAUUAUGGAGAAUCUUUGCCAUUUGGGAAUGAGUCUUUCAGCGAUUCCAAGCAUCUGAAUUACCUGACAUCAGAACAAGCUCUGGCAGACUUUGCAGUACUCAUUGAGUACUUAAAGACGAACAUUGCAGGAGCCCGUUACAGCCCUGUCAUAGCUAUAGGAGGAUCUUAUGGAGGAAUGCUUGCAGCCUGGUUUAGGAUGAAGUACCCCCAUGUGGUAGUUGGAGCUCUGGCAGCCUCUGCCCCCAUCUGGCAGUUUGGUGAUUUGGUUCCAUGUGGCACUUACUUCAGCAUAGUGACCAAUGAUUUCAGAAAGAGCGGGACAGGCUGCGCAGAUAGUAUCCGGAAUUCCUGGAACGCCAUUGACAACCUUUCCUUAACAGAUGCAGGUUUACAAUGGCUUUCCAACACAUUCCUGUUGUGCAGCCCAUUAAAAAGUCCUCAGGAUGCUGUUCUAUUGAAAAAUUGGCUGAGUGAAACAUGGGUAAACUUGGCUAUGGUGAACUAUCCCUACAAAGCUGACUUCUUGCAGCCUCUGCCAGCUUGGCCUAUACAGGAAGUCUGCAAGUUCUUGAAGGAUCCCAGUCUUCCUGACAAGUUGCUGCUGCAGAAUGUUUUCCAGGCAGUAAAUUUAUACUACAAUUACUCAGGAGUCGUCUCAUGCUUAGAUAUGUCUGAGACUGCAACAAAGAACCUGGGCCAGUUGGGUUGGUACUAUCAGGCUUGCACUGAGAUGGUGAUGCCCAUGUGCACAGAUGGUGUCAAUGACAUGUUCGAGCCUCAGAAAUGGGACUUUGAUGCACUUUCAGAAGAGUGUUACAGGCUGUGGGGAGUGAGGCCUCGCCCCUCUUGGAUUCUCUCUAUGUAUGGAGGGAAAAACAUCAGUUCACACAGCAACAUCAUCUUCAGCAACGGUGGCCUGGACCCGUGGUCUGCAGGUGGGGUGACCCAGAACAUCAGCGAUUCCCUCGUGGCAAUUGUGAUCCCAGAUGGAGCCCAUCACCUGGACCUGCGCAGCCGCAACCCUUUGGACCCCAAAUCAGUGCAGCAAGCUCGAGCCACGGAAAUCUGCUACAUGAAGCAGUGGAUUAAAGAGGCCAGGCACAGCCACUGAAGUGGUGCUGCAGCAGCUGUGGCCACUGCACCUCCACUGGCUUUGCUGGGAAUAGGGCCAGGCCCUAUGACAUGGUCAUUUGAACAUUUCACUCCUGCUUCCUCGCCUGUGUUGCAGUGCUAACCAUUGCUUGUGCCUGUGAGAGAAGCAGGCAGCAGAAUGAUGGAGAGCAUUCUCAGAUAAUAAAUUUCAGUCCAAGUGCAUGGGUUGAGCUGCCUGCUCUGGCUUGCUUUUCCUCUUCUGCUCUUCUCAAAUGCUGUACUUUACCAUGAAGUAAAGAGCUCUUGUUCUAGGGUUGAUGUCUUCCUCACUGCACUAGGUGAUUGUCCUGACUGCUGGUAUAUGCAGGGCAUUAAAUGGCAGUGCUGUUGAUGAUGAAACUCCUGCUGCCUUCAGUGGCACUGAAUUUCAGACAUCUUCAGCUGCUGUAAACCAUCAGGAGCAGGGAGAUCAUGAAGAGCAGAAAUCACAUCUUACUGUGAUGUUUGGUGUAGAGGUAAGGAAGGCAUUGGGAAUCUGUCACUGCUGUUUGUAGAGAAACUAAACAGCCAUUCCCCUUGGGAAUCAACACUGGAAAAGUAAAAUUUUCUUUUUCCUUCGUUUUCUGGCAGCUUAUUAAUCAAAGCUGCCUCAGGUGGCUUUUCCAUUCUGUGCUGUACUGAAUAGUCAGGGCUGGGCCCAGACUCUCUCUGCUGAUAACUGGCUGAGCAUGCACAAUCUGCAGCAGGGUUUUGUUUCUGCCUUUGCUGUUUGUCCUGCUUCCAAACUAUCUGCCACUGUGAUGAUGGUUGCCAAAGAAAACUCUGGGUAUAUUUUGUGUGUGUGUUUGUGUGUGUGUAUAUGUGUGUAUCCGUCACAAGCACUUAGUUCUUUCAAGCCAGGAAGCUUUCGAAGCUAUUCUCUUGAGCAAACGUGACACUUGUGCUGGCUACAUCUUAUGAAGUGACAAAUAAUUGGGGCUGUGCCUUGUGUGGGUUCUUCCCUCCCCCCCAUUUUGUGCAUUGUUCACAUUCUGCAUGAUCUGUUUGCUGAUGGCUCUUCAAUAAAAGCCUUUCUAAGAAAAUUGUUUGCAGGACAAACUAUUGAAAGCCCAGAAUGCAGCUUUCCCCUCGGAGCAGCGCGGAGCCUGAUGCUGAGCUCACCCAGCCAGGUGCACUGGCCUUUCUUGUAAGGCUUCCAAACUGCCCUGAUUCAUGGCACAGCAUAUUUGACAUUAAUAAAUGGCUGGGGCAGUCCCCUCAUCUUCCAGCUUUGGCUUCAUUCACACUGAAGCCCUUUUUCAGAAAGGAGUCUUUGCAGUUUAAAGGAUGACUCCAUUUCGGAAAGACUCAGGCAAAGCUUCUUGUCCUCAGGCUCCUAAAAUUCCAGUUCUAUGGAAAAGUUCUCUCAGCUUUGAUGAUAUGCCUGAUAGUUGAGUAUUUUCCUAAGACAUCACGUAGCCUUUUCUGUUUCCAGCCUCUUCCCAUCCUCUGGGAACAAAGAGAACCCAACAUUGAAAUCUUAUCUUUUAAAACCCUCCUGUGCAUCUUCUUUCCAACCAAGUUCCUGGCAUUCCCUUGCCGUGUGUUCUCCAAUCAGAACCUCUCAUACUCCUGAGGAAGGUAAUUGCUACAGAGAAAAAGACCAGAGAACUACAGAGGGAAAAGGAAGAGUUAUGUAGAAUUUGCCUGAAACCUGUUGACUGAAAGCUGUUGGUAAUCCCUUUUCCAGUGGUUCUGAUUCUUGUUCUCUGCUGUGAAUGUGCUCCAGUCUCUCACUUGUGUGCUUUAUAACAACAUGGUGGCUUGAAUUUUUUCUUUAAACCAAUAGAAAAUAUCAUUUUCUUAAUCAAGGGGGUUACAGUCAAGUUUUUAGAAGUACCAUUGUAUCAUAUGAGGUGUUAUUUGCUGUGUGGAGAUGUCCUGGUUCACUGAAAGGCAAGGGAUGGAAUCUGCAACAGCAAAUGUGAGUUUGGGGAUCACAGAUGGUUUAACUGAGCAAGCAAGAGCCUGGUCCCGCUGCUCCCACUGAUUGCUCAGGGUGUUACUGCAAAUUCUGGGAUGAAUAUUUCCAUGUUGUAUGGGGAAAGGUGUGGGGAUAUUCAUGUGUUGGGCUGCAAAUGGUGCGAACUAACAGCUACUGUGUGUUGUGGAUCAGCUUGUCUCCUCCUCUCUCCCCUGCUGCCUAACUUACUGCCUCAGGAAACAGCAGCUUCUCUGUUGUCUGGAAAACACUUUUGUUUCAAUCAGCAGAAGUCAUUUAAACUUGUACUCCUCUCUCCUUUCUUCUUUCACUCCUUCCAGAAGGAGAAAAAAAAUUGCCUUUAAUAAAACUUCAAGCCGUGCGAUUUGAAACUGUGAGAAGUAACAUUUAAACCCCAAAGUUAUUCAGUGUGGUUUUGUUUGGGGGUUUUUUGUUUGUUUGUUAAAAAUCUUACUAUUCCUUUCAGUUUCUAUCUGUGAGGCUGAUUCAAGUGUGUUUUGGAUCAGGUUCUUACUGCUUGGACCACCUUAGGAAUUAAGUGAUUGGCUUUCUGUUAUUUUUAAUUGCUCUUUCUUUGUCUUUCCUUCUUUCCCUUCAAGUUGAGUAGUUGAAACUUUAGCUCUUAUUUAUCUUAAGCAUUCAGAAUUGACUUAUAACCGGUAUACACACCUCUCUGCUACUGAGGGACCGUCUGUGGUGUUUGGCUACCUCACCUAAAUCCUAGCUCUCCUGCUUGUUUCAUGCAGGUAGGAACAAACUGGGCCAUGGGAAAUGGCUGAUUUCCCCUUCCAGGUGUAUUAUGAUGGGCCACACUUCAUCUCAGGCUUAGGUAUCAUAGAAUAGAUAGGGUUGGAAAGGACCUUAAGAUCAUCUAGUAUGUCCUUGCCAUGUGUCAUAAAUGAUUGUAAUGAUGUUUCCUACUCGUUGGGGAAAAUGCAGAAGGAAAAAGAAUUAAUGAUUCCUCAAAGGAUGGAUCUUACUGGUGAAACUGCAGUUUGUAUCAAUAAAAAUGCAUUCAAAUAAUGA